GGGAAUGACGAAGGCGGGGAGAGACUGGCUCGAGUCUAGGCAUACGAAGCUGUAGCUCCUUGAAGUGAAGAGCCUAGCCUUUCAACGGCAUAAGUCCAUUCAAGAUGGAAUCAGACGGUAAGGACACCAAAAGAGAGAAACAUCGCCAUUCACGGGGACAACACAAAGUUUGUAAGCGUAAGUCAAAGCAAAAGAUAACUCAGUUGGUUGCCAGCUGCAAGAAAAUUGUAGACAUAACAGCUGCAGUCAUAGGUGAUGCGACUAAACUAAUACAUCAAAGGUCAUCAGCUUCUUCAACAGAAUCUGAGACAAGGGAGGAUGAUUUAAAAACAAAAUCUGAGACAAGUGAAGGCGAUUUGAAGUGUGACUCUCAGAAAUUCAAAGAUGUUCAUUGUCAUGAAUUUAGUAGGUUAAGAGAGUUGGCAGAAGCUAAUCAUAGCAUGCAGAUAUUACUCCAGAGGAUUAGCGGGGAUCUUGCUGUAUCUGCUGUGAAGUCCAAGCAUUCUCAGUUGAAUGGCAUUAUAAGUAUGGCAAAGAGACAUGAAUGUCGGCUUAGGAUCCUAGAACAACGUUUAGAAGAAUUGGCUGGAUUUUCUUCAGAUGUCACUCAUACUGCAGAGUUCACACAGCAAAGCAUGCAAGAAGUGUCUGAAAACUUGUCUGCUUUCAGGGAAGAGGUCAAAGGGUGGAUGUUGAAGCUAUGUUCUACCGUUUAUUGCAAGAAACCACAAUCUGUUGUACAACCACGAAAGACAAGGUUUUAUAUCGAGACAUCACGUGAUUCUAUAUGUAAGAAACACAAAGCCAUCAGAAGAAAAUGUGAAUUUGUGUACGGAAGCAGUGAGGGUGAUGAUGAAAGAUCAUCAUCAGACUCUGAUUUAAAACGAGGUAGUAGUGAUGUUUGUCAGAGGCUUUCAUCAACUGUUGCUUGUCAAAAGGAAUUACAAAACUGUAAACGUCUUUUUUGUAAGGAUAAUGAUAAUGGUAUACCUGAAUAUCAUGGUGGUUCAACUUUGCACACGUCAUCAAGACGUGAAUGUGAACAAGAGACAUCUAGUGUCAGUUUUGCAUUGAAACCAGUCAGUGACACAAGGAAUAUAGAUUCUCUAGCAGCUGGUGAAUUCAAAGAAACUCGUGAUUGUGGCAAGCAUAUUUGCGGAAUGAAGGACUACGGAUCCGGAAUACCAGAACCAGAACAAGGCGACUCUAUGAGGACGUCACGAUUAGCUCAGACAAUGUAUAAAACAGAAAACAAAGGAAUCUUGAAGAAACAGGAGCUGUACACAACGUUGGUGGUGAUAUUUGCUAAAUCGUGUGCCUAUGCCAUUACAAAGGCACUAGCAAUACCUCGUCAAGAUGAGCCUCAAUCACGCAUGUAUCAAUGUAAAGCUGAUGCAGCUGUCGGCUUCGUAAAAUCAGUGACGCAAUCUCCUGAAAUUGACCCCUACGUUGGCCAAGACGGAACUCUGGUGACUAUUGUUUCAGAUAGAAACAUCCCUUGUUGUGAGAAAGUACCAGCCAGACAAGGUACCAUCAAUUAUGCUGAACAUAAGUAUGACGUCAAAAAUGGUGGUAUGUACAUAUCCAAUAUUGAUCCACGUUUCAAGAAGAAGGGGGAUGAUGAUAGCUAUUCAAAUGGUCGUAACGAUAGACGGCUGGCAAGUAGAGUGCCACACAGAGAAAAGGUGAAAUCAGAAGGAAAACCUAAACUUCCAGACUCUCAACUCAAUUCGAGUAGUGCAACUUGUGACUCCAACAGACAAGUACAAACUGUGAGUGAGCAAGAGGCAGUCAAAGAAACAGAAAGUACACACUCGGAUGUGAGUAGUACUGGUAGAACUGCAGACGAAACGAAAGGUUUGUCAGAUGCUCAACUAAGCAUGGCAUCAUCAGGCUCUAGGACUGCGGUCUCAUUGGAUUCAACUACAUACAAUGCGGAUACAAACCAAUCAGAACCAACUGUUGGCAGUAAUAGACUGAACAGAAGCACUACCUCAUGUGUAUCUGGUUUAGUGUCUAAAGGUAAAGCAAUGAGAUUGGCUGAUCUUCGAGAAGCGUAUUACUCACAAGCCAAUGAAGAGAGGCCCGUUGUUUGUCACUCUGAGUCUCAGCAGGAAAGAAGCAUAGAUUGCCAGAAUGAAACGGCGCAGUGUCACUCCUCGAGUUGUAGUAGUAGUGUUUCUGAGAUGUGCUUGGAUGUGACAGAAAUACGACAAUUUACAUAUGCUGCAAUACAAACUGCCACUGACGACUUUAAUGCAACAUUAUGGAAAGAUGGCGGUCGAAGACUUGGACAGGGUAGUUUCGGAGUCUACUUUGGUUUAUUUGACUCAGAGAAAGAGAGUGAACAGCCACUGGGAUUUGCUGUUAAACGGUUGAAACAGGCUGAUAAUGGUAAGCAAGAACAAAAUCAAGGUUUAUUCAAAAAGCAAUUCUCAAAUGAAAUUCAAGCUCUGUGUGGAAUACGCCAUCGCAAUAUCAUCCGACUUCACGGUUUGUGUAACGAUGGUCCAGAGUUAUGCCUUGUGUAUGAAUACGUUCCUGGUGGCACCCUGGCUCAGUGUCUACUAAAGACUAGUAGUAACUCACCGGAUGGGAAAGUUCGUAUUUCUAUUGCUGACGGUCUAGCUCGAGGUCUUAAGUAUCUCCACACAAGAUGUAGACCACCGUUGAUCCACAGAGACAUCAAAAGUUCGAACAUUCUUCUCAGCAAUGACUGGACUCCGAAGUUGGCCGAUUUUGGACUUUGUCGUAGAGCAGAGAGCAUCGAGUCGGCAGUUUUCGAUGUUACUUCUGCUGUUGGUACGAAAGCGUACAUGGCACCGGAAGCCCUCAAAGGCUACGUUUCAUCUAGAGUGGACGUGUAUUCGUAUGGAAUGAUUCUCUACGAAUUGAUGACCGGUUUGCCACCUUACUCGUCCAGCAUGAAAAUUGAUCUGGUUCUGUAUAUGCAUGAUAUGGAAGCUGACGGUCAUGAUGUGACUGUGAUGGUCGAUCCCAGAACAAGAUGGUGUACUCCUGUUGUGGAAAAGACUUUGAAAUUGGCAAGACGUUGUUCAGACUUCGACAGCUUUAAAAGACCAAGGAUGCGUGAGGUGGUACAAGAACUAGAAAGAUAUUCUAACUUUUGGUAAAAAUAUAUACAUUGUGCUCUAAUUUGUGAGAAAUUUCUAUUUACCAGUAGAAAGUAUCUCUUGCUUAUAUCAA